UUUCUAAAAAAAGAAAUGAACCCCGACCCACCGAAAGACGUCGCCGUCGAUGAUGAUCGGAAGACCAAUGUUGAUGGACCCGCCACGACGGAUGAUCGACUCGGAGUUGAAUUCUCUGAUGUCCAGAUUGAUACGAACAGCUGUGGAAAGGAGAAGGAAGAUUUUAGUUCUGAUUCUGAGGUUAACAAAAUCAACCACUCCAACGCUAAGCAGGAGGUUAAUCUCAAUGGUAGUAAUGGCUAUAGCAAUUACAUACCAUCCAUCAAGGCUCAAGCUCAGUUCCCGAAACCGCAGCCACCGUCGGAGGUGCCUACACAGUCGGUAUCCCUAACCGAAAGCAUGCCCAGCUUAGGGAAAUACAUCAGAGACCGAAGCAGCACUUUCUCGGCGGCUAUCAUGAAACGUUUAUCGUCGUUAAAGGAAGACGGCGAGGAUAUUGUUGUGAAAAACGAUUCGUUAAACUUCGAGGUGACGGAGGUUCAAAUCCCCGGGGUCAAAGUCAUAGUGAAACUGAAAAGCGAAGACGAUAGAUUCGAUUUAAAAGGUCGAAUAACGUUUUUCUCGAGGUCUAAUUGUCGAGACUGCACCGCCGUUCGGAAAUUCUUCAGAGAGAAAAGGCUACCGUACGUCGAAAUAAACAUCGACGUAUUCCCCAAAAGGGCGAAGGAGUUGAUCGAGAGAACGGGGAAAUCUGAAGUGCCCCCGAUAUUUUUUAACGAUAAGUUGCUGGGCGGAUUGGUGACGUUGAAUUCGUUGAGGAAUAGUGGGGAGUUGGAGAAGAGAAUGAGGGAAUUGUUGAGCCAGAAAUGUCCUGAUUCAGCUCCGAAAAUUCCGGUUUAUGGAUUCGAUGACGAUGAAGAAGAAGAAGAGAACGAUGAAUUGCUGGGGAUUGUGAAGAUGCUGAGACAGAGUUUGCCGAUUCAGGACCGUUUGAUUAAGAUGAAGAUCGUCAAGAAUUGCUUCGCCGGUGAUGAUAUGUUGGAAGCCAUCAUUCACCAUCUUGACUGCGGCAGAAGAAAGGGAGUCGAAACUGCCAAACAUAUUGCCCGGAAGCAUUUCAUCAAACACGUUUUUGGGGAAAAUUAUUUUGAAGACGGGAGACAUUUUUAUCGUUUCCUGGAGCAUGAGCAAUUUAUUACAGCAUGCUUCAACUUCCGAACCGCAAUAAACGAUAGCGAGCCCAAAUCGCCAUCUUUUCUAGCUGACAGGCUUGCCAAGUUGAUGUCCGCCAUACUCGAAGCAUAUGCAUCUGAUGACAGGCGCCAUGUUGACUAUUACAGAAUCGGCAAAAGUGAAGAAUUCCGCAGAUACUUAAAUUUGACUCGAGAUCUACAAAGGGUCGAUCUCCAAUUACUAGCUCCAGAAGAGAAACUAGCCUUCUUCUUGAACCUAUACAAUGCCAUGGUCAUCCAUGCUGUAGUUGCCAUCGGACAUCCUGAAGGAAUACUUGAUAGAAGAGCAUUUUUUAGUGAUUUCCAAUAUGUAAUCGGAGGGUACCCUUACUCCCUCAGCAUUAUACAGAAUGGGAUCCUCAGAAACAAUAGAAAAUCGCCUUAUUCCUUAGUCAGGCCCUUUGGCAAUGGAGAUAGGCGCUUACAGUUUGCUCCAGAUAAAGUUAAUCCGUUGAUCCAUUUUGGACUAUGCAAUGGAACAAGGUCAAGCUCCCCAGUUAGGUUUUUCACUGCUCAGGGUGUCGAAGGUGAGCUAAGAUCUGCUGCAAGGGAGUACUUCCAGAAUGGAGCCAUACAGAUCAAUUUGGACAGGAGAAUAGUUUAUUUAACUCGGAUCAUCAAGUGGUUUAGCGCAGAUUUUGGAGCCGAGAAAGAUGUGCUGAAGUGGGUGAUGAAUUACGUGGAUUCAACCAAGGCGGGGCUUUUGAUGCAUCUCUCGGCUGAUGGAGGCCCUAUUAACAUCGUGUACCAGGAUUAUGAUUGGUCUGGUAAUUUAUAACUCCCCAACCUUAUUUAAGAUUGUUCGUUGUUGAACCAUUUUUUUUUUGGAGAUGAAAUGCGAUCACUGGAACAAAA